AGUUCGCUUUCGGUGCUCGCGUUCAAAACGCUCAAUCUUUGUUUCCAUCAAUGCGUGGCGCAUCGUUAGUGUCAUAAUGUUUUCCCGGCUACUGCUUCUAUUCAUCUGUAGCAGAAUCAGCUCAGCAGGCUACGUUACCGUUCAGCUACCGUAUGCCAACCCUGCUGGAAUCAACUACGUCAGCGGUCAAACACACUAUCAAGCUGGCUUACUGGCAGGUCCAGUGCGAUAUCAAACGCCCGUUGCAUCUCCGAUAGCACAUCCAGCACCAGCGUUUCAAGUGAUCAGAAGUCCGUCCUAUUACGCUUACAACCUGCCAUCAUCUGUGCCAAUACCGUAUCCUUUCGGUGCAUACGGUCAAUCGGGCGUAUCUCCCGUAGUGUACAAUGCCGUCCAUCGUCCGUCAGUGAUAGCAGUGACCCCGCAAAAUGUCCGUCCAGUAGUAACUCAAUAUCACGUUCCAGCCGUCCAGCCAGUUCAUUAUCCAACUGUAACAGCUGUUCCAGCCCACGUUCCGGUGGCAGCCGUGACGCCGGUCACUCCGAUAGCACCGGUUGCUCCUGUAACUCCCGUCAUUAAGACUUUUACAAAAUCUGCCACCGACGAAGAGAGUUCGUACUCGGGAAGUACGGAAUCACCAAUUCAUGUAAUAAAAUCUCGCAAAUACAAGGUUCGAAGACCUGCCAUUCAAAACCAAUUCUAUGACAUUGAAGAAAGAGUUAUUAUUCGACCGGUAGGAAGUGCACUUGUCGAAUUGGAACAUCCAAUAUCCAAAACAGAAACGAGUGUGAAAACUAAAACGAUUGAAACGACACACCAUGAAAGUGGUGGUGGUGGUGGUGGUGGUGGUGAGGACUACGGUUAUGGUCACGCAGUUAGCACUGAGGCCACUGUAACGCAGAGACCACACAUUAUACAAACCAAUACGGUCUAUCACCAGCAGAUACCGCAGCAACAAGUCCCAGCGUUGGUGCCUCAUCCUGUAGUCGUUCACGGCAGUAACACAGGACAUGUGGGUCAUCCUUUUGUGGUGCCAGCGGCACAAACUCCAGUUUAUGUCAAUGUAGGACCACCCGUUUUCACACCAGUGCAUUCUAUUCCAGCAACGGGUAUCAUCACGACCCUAAGACCUCCUAGUCACGUAACAUACCCGGUACAGGUGGUGACAACUCCUGCUCCAACAGCUGAGAGCACAACCGUAAGUGAUGGUGGCUUAGAUUACGACGAUUCAAUCGUUGUUGAAGCACGUGGUGGAGCUCGUACCCCACAUGAAACAUCUUCAACAGAGAGUUCUCAACAUUACUCCACAACUCCAGCCAAGUAUAGGAAAAGUGAAAACAACGACGUGGAAGAUCUGCCAAAGCGCGGCGAUAUUGCUAUCACAUAUGCCACCGAGGCUACCCACCAAAGUAUAUCAAGGGAAGAAGAAAUAAAUACAACAGAAACAGCGACCACCGCCGAGCCUCAAGUUGCUGUGCAGGCUUCGUUUAAAAAUUUGGAUAUCAAUGCUCGUUUCGCUACACAAGACAGCAACAAAUCUCAAGCGAUCAUUGUAACAAAUCACUCUCGGUCCCAGUCCCGUCCAAGUAGUGCCGAAUUCAGCGAAGUAAGUACAUCAUCGCCGAGGGUUGUCAUUUCCAAUGGAAUCCCAGCCGAUCAGGCUCGAUCAAAUCAGGAGCUGUUUAUUCGCCUUCUCUCGGAGCGUGAUUCCAUUGCCGAAGUUGGAUACGGACCGAAUACCGACACUUCCAGCAGCCUAAUUAACACUUACGUAAGAAGUCGGGUUCUGUCGGCAACACCAGCCCCGUACAACGCAAAAGAAAGCAGCGAAACUGUCAAUAUUCGAAGAAUUAUUGUCUCCCGACCGAUCGAAACCGAACAGGAGGUUGAAGUGCGAGAGCACAGUAUAUCACCGUCGCAUGCUAAGGGUUAUCAGAUAGAAGCCAGCAAAACUCCCGUCUACAGGAAUCCGAAGCAACCCAUUUACGUACCGGCACCAGCUGCUCCAUCAACGGAAACGGCCACAAGCUUCGAAACUCCCCAGAGCGCAACAUAUCCGGUUCAGGUGCAGGUGACAACCCCGGCGUCUUUUACUGAUGAUCAAACUACCCAGAGCCAGGAUAGUUCAGAUUACGAUGAUACAGUAAUUAUUGGAGCACGCAGUGGAGCUCGUACCCUGAAAGAGAAUCUAUCAACGGAACGCUCUCAGGCUCACUCUUCCGCUUCGAUCAGGCAAAGAAAUUGUGAAGAUAAUGAUAGCAGUCAACAGACCACUACUACUAAUGAUGAUGAAAAUUAAAGCAUUCUUUGUAAAACGUCGAUAAAUAAAAAAAAGUGUUCGCACUGUUGUUACUAAAAACCAAA